AUGAGAGAUGGAAAUUCCAAGAAAAGCAAGUUCUCAUGGUCGAAGAAACUGGUAAGAAAAUGGCUCAAUAUUAAGGGCAAAUGUGAGGAAUUUGCGGCUGAUGAAGCUGUUUAUGCAAGGGGUGAUUCGGAUUGGAGGAAUAGCUGCUCCGAGAGGGAACCGUGUACAAUCAAGAAAAGUAAAACCGAAAAACCAAUCAACAGUAUAGAACGAUCCUAUUCCCGUUCUCGAUCCCGUCGAGGGAGAGGUUAUCUAGAUCACCCUCAGAUUGUAAAUGUACAGAAUUAUAGUGUCUUCGUAUCAACAUGGAAUGUUGGGGGGAAAUCGCCGUCAAGCAGUUUGAAUCUAGAUGAUUGGCUACAUUCUGCACCUCCUGCAGAUAUUUAUGUACUAGGGUUCCAAGAGAUAGUUCCUUUGAAUCCCGGAAAUAUUCUGGGUGCCGAAGACAAUGGGCCUGCCAAAAAAUGGUUAGCUCUUAUACAGAGGACUUUAAAUAAUGCACCUGGAACUAGCGGAGGACGUGAGUGUUUUACACCAUCGCCAAUCCCCAAUCCAAUUGUUGAAUGGAAUGCAGAUUUUGAGGGAUCAACCAGGCGGAAUGCAUCUUCCUUCUUGCAUCGACGAUCUUUUCAAACACCACAAUAUUGGAGAAUGGACAAUGACGUGUCAAUACCACAAUCUCACCCAAAUAGUCGACAUAGUGUAUGUGACCGGGUAAUUUUGGGUCAUAGGCCUAGUGAUAUCGAUACAAAUAUCAGAUGGGGUUACAGGCCAAGCGACUGUUCCUCUAUUCAGAGGCCUAGUGACUUUUCCUCUAGUCGUCGGCCAAGUGAUUAUUCCUCUGGUCGUCGGCCUAGCGACUAUUCAUCUGGUCGCCGUCCGAGUGACUAUUCCUGGGGUCAGAGACCGAGUGAUUUCUCUAGAUGGGGUUCAGAUGAGGAUUAUAUGCCUGAGGACUCGCCUGGCACAGUGUUGAAUUCGCCAAUGUCCUGCAGUGGAUAUGCACCAAAGGAAGAGGGAUACACAUUGCCUGGCCAUUCUAGGUACUGUUUAGUUGCGAGUAAGCAAAUGGUUGGUAUAUUUCUCACGGUUUGGGUUCGAAGAGAAUUAAAGGAACACGUCCAGAACAUGAAAAUAUCUUGUGUUGGCAGAGGAUUGAUGGGAUACCUGGGAAAUAAGGGAUCCAUUUCGAUUAGUAUGUUGCUGCAUCAAACAAGCCUUUGCUUUGUGUGCAGUCACUUGACUUCAGGUCAGAAGGAGGGUGAUGAAAUACGUAGAAAUGCUGAUGUAAUGGAGAUCCUUAGGAAAACAAGGUUCCCACGAGUAAAUAGCAUCAGUAAUGAGAAGUCUCCGGAAACAAUCCUCGAACACGACCGAAUUAUUUGGCUUGGGGAUUUGAACUAUCGAAUAGCACUACCGUACCGGUCUGCUAAAGCACUUGUUGAGAUGCAAAAUUGGAGAGCAUUGUUAGAAAAGGACCAGUUGCGGAUAGAGCAGAGACGAGGCCGAGUUUUUGAAGGAUGGAGAGAAGGGAAGAUAUAUUUUCCUCCAACUUAUAAAUACUCACACAAUUCAGACAGAUAUGUGGGGGGUGAAAUGCAUCCUAAGGAGAAACGAAGGACACCUGCGUGGUGUGAUCGAAUUUUGUGGCAUGGAGACGGCCUUCAGCAGUUAUCUUAUGUACGCGGGGAGUCUAGGUUCUCAGAUCAUAGACCAGUUUCCAGUGUGUUUUGGGCCGAAGCUGAGUCGGCGGGAAAUGCUUUGAGGAAACGCAGGGUGAAGAACGAUGGGGACAUCCUUUGCCCAUUAACUGAAAAAGGUGUAGAUAUUAGACAUAUACUAACAAAGAAAUCGGUCUCACCUCUUGCUAUUGACCUGUCCAAUAACAAACGCCAUCACUUCUCGAAGAACCAGACCAGACCAGACGAGAUUAUCUUCACCAGUUUACUACGCGGGGCGGGAAAGAAUCCAAUCCGACUUGCUAACUAA